AUGCCUGGAGGACCCGUCGCCGCUCAACUCGAUGAACAACCUCUGAUCGUAGAGCAUGACACAAGGGAGGAUGGGAAUCAGCCUGUCCUCCCCGGCGAUGGGACAUCAACUCCUGUUAGCAAGCCCGAAAGGACGCCUUUACCAUGGAAGCCGCUGAUUGUGUUGACGGCUCUGAACGCGGUGUGCCCGCUGGCAUUCGAGCUGGUGUAUCCAUUUGUCAACUCCAUGAUUGUCGAAAUUGGGGUAACAGAUGAUCCAGAGCGUGUCGGUUUUUACUCGGGUCUUAUUGAAUCGGUAUUUUCGGUCAUGAGCCUCAUUAUGAUCAUACCCUGUGGAUAUGUUUCAGACCAUGUUGGACGCAAACCAGUAGUGUUAUUGGGCCUUGGAGGUCUUAGCAUAUCGAUUAUGAGCUUUGGCCUAAGCAAAUCUCUAGCCGGAAUGAUUAUGAGCAGAUGCAUUGGUGGGGCCCUCGGAGCAAGUUGGGCGGCCAUCAAAGUCAUGGUCGGUGAAAUGACAGACCGAAGCAACCAAGAUACCGCAUUCUCGAUGAUGAACGUAUCCUAUCGGCUCGGCCAAAUCAUCGGUUUACCACUUGGCGGUCUGCUCGCGCAUCCCGAGCGACGAUGGAAAGCAUUCCAAACACCGUUCUGGAACGAGUACCCGUUUCUUCUUCCGUGUUUGGUCGGGGCGGGUUUCUCCCUGAUCUCGGUGCUCUUUGGUAUUUUGUUUAUUGAAGAAACGCUUCCAUCCAAAGUCAAAUCCCGACGCAAAGUCAAGCGAUCGCCGUACAGCAGCGGUUCAUCCACUCUGCCGACAAAACAAACCACUCCGCUCCUCGUCAACGAAACCGAACUCGAGACAACCGGGCGAGUAAAAAACCGACAUGGCGUACAGUCAUGA